CGGCGGGGCCGGGGCCGGGGCCGGGAGCGGGGCAGAGCUCCGGGAUCGGGAUGCGGCCGCGGCCCGGGACGCCGCCUCGUUGCCCAGAGCGACACCAUGCACCCGGCCGUGGCGGUGGGGCUGGUGUUCGGCGGCUGCUGCAGCAACGUGGUGUUCCUGGAGCUGCUGGCCAGGCAGUUCCCAGGAUGUGGCAACAUCGUCACCUUCUCCCAGUUCCUGUUCAUUGCACUGGAAGGUUUCAUCUUCGAGGCCAACUUCGGCAGGAAGCGCCCGGCCAUCCCCAUCAGGAACUAUUUCAUCAUGGUGGCCAUGUUCUUCACCGUCAGCGUGGUCAAUAACUACGCCCUGAACCUGAACAUCGCCAUGCCGCUGCACAUGAUCGGAGCGGGUUCUCUCAUAGCAAGCAUGGCUCUAGGGAUCAUCAUCCUGAAGAAAAGGUACAGCGUGUCCAAGUACAGCUCCAUAGCCCUGGUGUCCCUGGGCAUCUUCACCUGCACCUUCAUGUCUGCAAAGCAAGUGGCAUCCGACUCCAGCUCAGACCAAGAGGAUGGACCCCAGGCUUUCCUCUGGUGGUUGCUGGGCAUUGCUGCCCUCACCUUUGCCCUGCUGAUGUCUGCCAGGAUGGGGAUUUUCCAGGAGACACUCUACAAGAAAUUUGGGAAGCACUCCAAGGAAGCCCUGUUCUACAAUCACGCGUUGCCGCUGCCUGGGUUCCUGCUCCUGGCUCCCAACAUUUACCAGCACGCCGUGCUCUUCAGCCAGUCUGAGCUGUUCCAGGUGCCGGUGAUCGGCCUGACCCUGCCCAUCAUGUGGUUCUACCUCCUGAUGAACGUCAUCACCCAGUACGUCUGCAUCCGCGGCGUCUUCAUCCUGACCACGGAGUGCACGUCGCUGACGGUCACCCUGGUGGUGACGCUGCGCAAGUUCGUCAGCCUCAUCUUCUCCAUCCUCUACUUCCAGAACCCCUUCACGGGCUGGCACUGGCUGGGCACCGCCUUUGUCUUCGUGGGCACGCUGCUCUACACGGAGCUCUGGCACAGCCUGGGGUCCCUCCUCCGCGGCCGGGGCCGGCCCAAGGAGCAGUGAAUGCCAGGGAAUCCGGGCAUUUCCCGCAGGGAUCUUGGUGGUGUUUUCCAGGGCAGAGCCGCAGGGAGCCCCCCCGGGGGGGGGUUUGUAACAGGGGAGGUGUUGGCUGUGCCAAGCUCCUGGGAGAAUGGGGAGCCUCCACUGGGAACUUGGGGAAAGGAUCAUGGAGGAACAGUCUGGGCAUUUGUUGUGAGUUGGCGUUAUUUUAAGUGACCCCUUUUGCUUCCAAUUUUUCCCUUCUUUUUUUUUCCUUCCAUUGGAAUAACCCUUUUUAAGGAGAA